UAACAUAGGUGAUAAGAGCCGAAGCUCUCGUAACCCAGAGCACAGUGACGAAGAACCAGCGAGAGAGGGAGAACUACUUGCAUCUCAGUCAGAGGCAGUAAAAAAGGAAAAAACGACAAUAAAAGAAAAUAUAAGAAGGAGGCCGCAGAUUCUGAAGAAAACAUGGCCCUGAACACCGACUACCUCAAGAGCGUGCCCGGGGUGCUCAAGCUGCUCGAGAUCGUCUUCGUGGUGACCGCCUUCGGGAUUCUUCGCGGCGGGGGGGCCAGCGUGAAUAUGACGAUCGACGCUGACUUCUUCCUGUGUGGCGUCCUGGUCACCGCCAUCAUAAUCACGCCGCUCCUGCUGGUCUGCUACCUGAUGGGGAGGACCGAGAUCCAGCAGUCCAUUCUGGAGGCCUCCCUCAAUUGCCUCCUGUUUGUGUUCCUGUUCUCCGGCGGGGUCGCUGGCUCCGCCUUCUGGAGCAAGCACAUAUCCAUUCCCAAGAGCUUGAAGCAGAAGUCACUGGCGAUGGUCAGCUUCUGCUUUCUGGCCUCCUUUGCCUACCUCGCGGACACCAUUUUCUCCAUCAAGAAGUACAGGGGUGGAUAGUGCAUUUUUUCCCUGUAAGUCGGGAGUAGGAACACACACACACACACAUAUGUAAUAUAUUUAUAUAUACAUAUAUUUAUAUAUGUAUACAUGUAUAUAUAAAUAUAAUUGUGUGUGUGUGUGUGUGUGUGUGUGUGUGUGUGUGUGUGUGUGUGUGUGUGUGUGUGUGUGUGUGUGUGUGUGUGUGUGUGUGUGUGUGUGUGUGUGUGUGUGUGUGUGUGUGUGUGUGUGUGUGUGUGUGUGUGUGUGUGUGUGUGUGUGUGUGUGUGUGUGUGUGUGUGUGUGUGUGUGUGUGUGUGUGUGUGUGUGUGUGUGAGAUUCAUUCGUGGUGUGUACUUUAUAACUUAUGUUUCUGAAACUCAUGUUUUCUUGUUUCUUUAAUCUAUGUUUAAUUAUCUGAGAUGUUCAGUCGCAUGCAUUAUUAUGAAAAAAAUAAAAAAUAAAACUUUUCUCUGGAUACACUUAGUUAUCAGAUCAAGUGAUAGGAAGCAGCAAGUUAACUAUCUUUCAAUGGACAAAACUAUUAAUUCAUCCAAUGACGACCCAUUUCAAAUACCCUGAGCGAUUAGGACAGACAAGGGUUCUGACAGGCAGUUUUCAGAUUUUUUUUUAUUCUAAUAAUAGACUUGUUCAUAGCCUCCUUUACUGUAUAUUCAUAAAUAUAUUCUUAUCAGUCCGUCAA